AUGAUUGUUGAUAAGAUCGAUGUGUUGGGCGAUCCUCGGAUCGAGUAUCGGUCAGCGGACGUCAAUGGGAAGAACUACGGAUAUCUCUACAGUGAGCCUGAAUCAGGCACCUACAGAGCUACCAUUGUCCUCAUCCAUGGCUUCCCCGACUUAUCGUUGGGAUGGAGGUAUCAGAUUCCCAUGUUAAUCGACAUGGGACUGCGAGUCAUUGCUCCAGAUUGUCUAGGAUAUGGACGAACGGAUGCCCCUGAGGAUAUUGCACUAUAUUCCCAUAAGCAGUGCGCCGAUGACAUCAAGGAACUAGCAUUACAGCUCGGUGCAUCCAAGAUCCUCGUCGGCGGACAUGACUGGGGCGCUGCACUCGCAUACCGGGUUGCACUCUGGCACCCAGAUCUCGUUACUCAUCUUUUCACGGUCUGCGUACCGUACGCUCCUCCAGCGAAGAAGUACUAUCCACUAGAGGAAUUUGCGGCGACAAUUGCGCCGCAUUUUACCUAUCAAUUGCAGUUUAAGAGCGGGGAGCUGGAGAAAGCAAUCCAAUCAGAAGAGGACAUCAAGAAGUUUCUCUGCGCGUUGUAUGGCGGGCGUACCGACACAGGCGAAGUAGCCUUUGAUGCAGGGCUGGGGGUUCUAUUAGAGAAUAUGUUCCGUGUGCGCCCAUCGAGGCUGCUGAGUGAAGAGGAACUCGAAUACUAUGCCCGAGAAUUCUCCAGAAAUGGUCUGCGUGGUCCCUUAAACUGGUAUCGCACGAGAGAAAUCAACUAUGAAGAGGAACUGGCCAUUCUCCAUCGCCGCAUCACGGCUCCAGUGCUCUUCAUCCAAGCGCUCAAGGACGCCGCCCUUCCCGCCCACCUGGGGAGUGGCAUGACCAAGACCAUUCCGCAUCUCACCUUCCAGCAAGUGGAUACGUCUCAUUGGGCUCUCUGGGAGAGGCCCAAGGAGGUCAAUGAGAUGAUCGCUUGGUGGCUGGAGGAAGUGGUUUUUUCGGAUCCUCGGAUGUUCAAACUGUAA